AUGCUGGGAGAAUACACCUGCUGGAGAGGAAAUCAGAAGUUAUCAUCAACCCAUCUGCUGAUGGAGGCUGAUGAGGGCGAGGAGUUUGAUUCUCUCAUCAAAUGCCGGGCAAAGUCUUAUGAUUGUAACUUCAGCUGCAAGUGGACAAACAGUAGAUACACAGCAGUGCGCCUUGGACUGGGACCUGACUGCAGUGAAGGUGGGAAGUCAUGUCACUGGGUCAGCAGUGGUGUUUGGCAGGAUGGGGGAUUCCAGCUUGAGUUGUCCCACACCCUCUCACCCUACACCGAGGAAAGCACCAUGCUUGAACUCACCGCUGAGGCCAUCAGUGACCAUCAAAUAAUCAGGAGAACCAAGAGAUUUUAUCUCAGAGACAUUGUUCAACCCGAUAGUCCCCAGAUUGUCAACUGUCAGGAGGUGGAGCAGGAUCUGAACGUGACUAUUGAUCCACCAUCCAGCUGGUCGACUCCUCACAGCUUCUUCAGUCUGGAGCACGAGAUUGAAUACACGUUGAAAGAUGAUGGCGAGACUAGACGUUCUCUAUCUGCUCUGAUACCGAAGAGGAUCAGCAAGCUAAGGGUUCGCUCCAGAGACUCUCUGGUGCAGUCUACCUGGAGCCAGUGGACUCCUUGGAAAAAUGCUGUCACAGACUCACUCACCUGA